GCACGAUAUAUUGACAAACAUUUCAACUCUACUUUUGCUUUCAAUUCAAUUGUGUUUACAGUUAGACCUAAGAGUGAAUCCCAUUAGUGAUAGUUUGCCAUCAAUUGUGGCAAAUGUACACAAAAUGCUGAGAUAUGCGGCCGCAGAGCGCAAUCAAGAGGCCAUUCUUCAGGUGUUGACAAAUGUGUUGAGAAGUGAAGACAGAUUUGACCACAAUUUGAAUGCUUUGGAAAUAGGAAGUGGUUCCGGUCAACACGUGACACAUUUGGCUAAACAUUUGCCUCGUAUUCGAUGGCAACCCUCCGACAUCGAUGCAACACUCUUUGAGUCCAUUGAAGCCUAUAGGAGACAGUCUGGUGUCCACAAUAUCUUAGCUCCCAUUCCGCUAGACGUGUCCUCACCGGCCAUUCAGUGGCCAAUCCCUGGGUCACCGAAACUGGAUCUUAUAGUUUGCGUGAAUGUGAUUCACAUAUCUCACUGGAACUGUAGUUUAGGUCUAUUUGAAGGGUCGGCCUCUUUAUUAGCGCCAAACACUGGUCUUCUGGUGACAUAUGGGCCGUACGCUUGCGAUGGAGUCAUAACUCCGGAAAGUAAUGUCAUAUUUGAUAGGAGUUUGAAGCGACAGAACCCCGAUUGGGGUCUCAGAGAUAUCCGGGACCUCAAAGAGUUGGCCGCCAAGAAUGGGUUGACGUUUGUGUCAUCGCAUGAAAUGCCAGCAAAUAAUAAAGUUUUGGUUUUCAGGAAAAUCUAAUUUCGAGAUCCCAUUGAGAUAUACCGUACAAUCAAAGUACAGAAUUUG